AUGCGCAUGCGUGAACAUCAAUCUUCGGGCGCGGCGCGGACCCGUGCGCGUUCCCGUUCAUGCAUGCGUUUCGGUUCGGUCAUCUUACGCAUGCGUGCCACGCUUUUCGACAAGCAGAACUGCGGCGCACGUAACAUCACGAAUCUGCACUCUCAGCUCUGCGGCGAAUCUAUAAAAAAACGCAAAGACGGCAGUUCCGACAGUAUAUAGGAUUUCUGCAGCAGCACCAAGAGCAAAACGAAACUAGCCACCAAAGGAGAAUGCUUGCACUGAGAGAACAGUAAAUGGGAAAAGUCCCACAGUGCCAGAAGCAUAACGUAAAAAGGUCUGUGCUGGAGAAUGCAGGUGGUCUGAAAAUGGCAAAGGGAAACGAAAAGCAGCCAAAUGCCGGCCGUCAGCCACCGAAAGUAAUUCGGGUUAUGCAGGAUUUUGCUCUUAGCGGCUUAGCGGCAUCACUGUCGCACAUCCCUCAUCAUCCGCUCUACACACUCAAGUCCCAGAUGAUGUUUUAUGGAAAAGGAUUCAACAUUAAACAAUUUGUGAUAACUUCGUUUGAGAGCAGGGGCACCUUCUUGAUGCGAGGUGUCAUGGUACGAUCCAUUGGAAUCGCUCCAGAAAAAUCAUUCAAAAUCAUGGGCUUGCAGGGAGGAACGCACUUGGCCAACUACCUUUUCCCUCAGUGUUCCAAAGGUUUUGAAAUGGGCAUUUGCAGGGUCAGUGGCUGGAGCAGCAACAACCAUCAUUGGUUGUCCCUCAGAACGCAGCAUGGUUCUGGCCCAGAUUGAAGGGAAAACAUUCUGGGAAGUGGUGCGCACAAAGGGAGUGAGGGUAUUGUACCACGGAGCAAUGGCUACACUCUACCGUGACAUCACUUUCAACUCCUGUCUUUUUACCGGGAGAGGAUACAUAAUGAAGCUUUACAAAAGUAAGUAUGGAGAAGAGCCAAGCUCUUUUAAGAAGGUGUGGAUCGGAUUGCCUGCAUCUGUGUUUGCUGGAGUCGUUGCUUGCCCUUUCGACGUGGUAAAGACAAGGAUACAGGGGACAGAGAAGCUAGGUGAUGCUAAGAGGCGGAGACCACUGCUCCUCAUGCGUCAGUUAGUGAGAGAAGAGGGUGCCCGCAGCCUGUUCAAAGGCCUUUUGCCUCGUCUCAUUGCUGUUCCACUCUACAUGUCUGUCUUUGUCACCGUCAAUGAAGACCUAGGGUGGCGCCUUCUGGGUAGAGAGAUCAUCCCGUGAUGCCAUGUACAUUUUACAAUAUCAGACAAAAAUAGAUGCUGCCUGUGUUUGUAAGUUUGUAUAAUGAUAUUAUUUUUGCUUGCUUUGCUUGUAUGCCUUAUUUUAUACUACAAUCAGGAAUGUAUAGUAUAGUAAUUAAAUAAAGAGAAAUUAAUUGUGGAGA